CUACAUACAUAUUGGUUAGAACAGGGAAGACUGACACAGACCCGAAACAGACCUAAAACAACAAGUGCGUUAUGUGAUCCUGUCCAAGAUGAUAUUACUUUUAGUCGCCCUUUUCCUUGGGAACGUUCCUUCUUUUGCAUUUUCAGCAUCAUCCCAGCCAGAAAUUAGCUGCCUUAUCAUCAAUUUGGAUUAUGUUAAUUGCACAUGGAGUGAGCCUCACUCCAAUGACAAUUACAGUUUCAGGAGCAAGUUUACACAUAAGCUCACUCUGGAUUGUCCAAACUAUCUCAGGAAUAAUGGUAUUAUUGUGGGCUGCAUGUUCCCCUACGAAAAAGCACAACGGUUUAAUAACUUAAAAACAUGGCUGUACAGGGCCAACGGCAGUUUGGUGACAGAGCAGGACCAUUAUCUGAAAGAAUAUGUGAAGCUUAACCCUCCGUCCAACCUGUCUGUGAGGGAUAAAAAAGAUACGGAACUCUGGCUGUACUGGAAUAUUACAAACAACAUCAGCUGCACUGAGAGCCAAGUUCGUCACAGGACAGAAAACAGUGACUGGGUGACGACCGCUGUAGACUCUAGGACCUUCUUUUGUUUGCCAUUCCCCUCAAAAAAACGGUACGAGUUCCAGGUUAGGUCUCGAAUAGAGUCAUCCUGCGGACAGUCCUUAUUUUGGAGCGAAUGGAGUGAGCCUGUCUACUGGGGAACUUCAAAAACCAACGACACCAUCGAGAGUCUGGAUAAGAUGUCUGUGAUGACACUGCUGCUGUGCACAGUGGGAGCCACAGUAGUUCUCGUCAUUCUCUCCUGCUUGCUCGUCCAUAGCGAGAGGUUAAGAAUAAUUUUAAUACCAGUGGUACCAAAUGCAGGACGAAAUGUGAGCAAUUACCUUGCAGCCUUAUUCGACAAUUAUGAUGGCAAUGUUGAGAAAUGGCUGUCCAUGCCUAAAGAUCUGGAGAAUGGCUUCAAACCCAAUUUCACAGAGCGUGCCUGCCCUGUGCGCGAGUACAGGAUAAUGUCCCAGUCCAGCACUGACACCGAAAGCAUCCUCUCCAACCCAACAGACCUGUCUUCAGAUUACCAGUGUAUGCAUAGCUACUCAUCAGCCUCAACCAUACCUGGAUCUGCGGAAACCCUACAAACCCACGAUCUGUCGCAAGUGGAUAAUCCAGUCUAAAUCUUCGUCUUAAUCUGAGGGAAUUAAAGUGGAGAGUUUAGAAAAGAGUGUCUUUGAAAUUAGAAUCUUGAUAGAUGAAAAGAAAAACACUUAGACGUGAUAAAAUGGGUUUUGCAUGUGUUAUAUAAAGAUCAAAUCCAGUCAAAUCCAGUACUGGCUUUUUGAAAAUACCUUUUUGCACUUUUUUAAAUAAUCAACUCAAAACAAGCAGGGUAAUGCAGUGUUUAUAACUGAAAUUGCGUUCUUUUUUGUUUUUUUGUUGAAUUAGGUCAGGUGGAAUACCAGGGGCCGGUUGCAUCCAAUUUUUUUCUUUAAGACUGGAUCCAAAAAAUAAGACUGAUUACCCCUUGGCUAAUUGCUAGUUGUUCAGAAUGGUUCUUAAGACACUGUUUUAACAUAUAGGCUAAGUUUAUGCAACUGGCCCCAGCAUAGUAGUCAUGUUUUAAUGUUUUUUUUUUUUUU